CUCCGGCAAUGGCCCGAUGGGGGAUAACUAUUGCUAUUCGUCGUCACACGACAUUGAUAGCGAUUUGAAAUAGUGUUUAGUUCGCUAAAGUUUUGUUAACUGCAUAUUACAGAUUCUGUAUGAUUUACAAACUGACUGAAAUAGUUUUAACAUGAACAGGUAGCUUGAAAGGUAGGACGUAGAGAGUUAAUUGUACGUGCAAAAAGACACUACAUGUACAUCUAACAACCGGCAUGUAGUUGACUCAUCAUAUGAAAAGGCACCACACGUCCAUAGUCCAAUGAAAAUUCACAUUUGCGAAGAUGAAUAAACGAUUGUUUGAAGAUUCGAAGCACGCAGAGCUGUAUGCCAAGUUUAGACCAACAUAUGGACAAGAUGUGUAUGAGAGAAUUAUCGACUUCUGUAAAGAAACCUCCGCGGAAUUUAAACUAGCUGUAGAUGUGGGAUGUGGUCCGGGUCAAAGUUCAAAACCAUUGACUGGCUAUUUCGAGAGCGUUAUUGGUACUGAUAUAAGUAAAAAGCAAAUAGAAAACGCUGUUACGAAUAUCGCCAAUCUACAGUUCCGGGUAGGAUCAGCUGAGGAUCUCGAUUUCCUUGGAAACAACAGCACCGACUUGGUGACGGUAGCUCAGGCUAUUCACUGGAUUAACACGGACGCGUUUUACACAGAAGUGAGUCGAGUCUUAAAACCGGGAGGGUCACUGGUUGUUUACGGCUAUGGUAACUGCACAGUGGACAAUCAGCAAGCCCAGGACAUCCAAUCACAGUUUGACAGGGACACUCUGAAGGACUACUGGGACGUAAAUGCCGGACAUGUCGACAAUCACCUUGAGCAGUUCGUCUUACCAUUUGCAGGAUGGAGAAGGGACGACACUUUAAAGAUAGUGAGACACUGGUCAGUAGACGAGUUUAUCGGUUUCGUCUCUUCGUGGUCUGGAUGGCAAGCCUACUUGAAGGUCCACCCUUCCUCCACACAGCUGGACGACAUAAAGUCAAGGUUCAAAGCUUUGUAUGCUGAUACCAAGAUCUGUGUAGAGUGGCCAGUGUUCAUGCUGAUGGGACACAAACCUGUAGAAACAUAAUAAACAUGAGCUGACAUA